AUGAUGCCUAAUGUAUCUAGAACCCAGCAAUUGUGUCUGAUUGGCAUUUGCUGGCUUUCAGGAAUCGCCUCAUGCAUGCUGUUUUUACAGUACUUCACACCGAAAUGCUCAACUUAUUUAAUUCCACCACAUAAGCCAGAGAUCAAGAGCGUGAACAUUUCUAACUCUAUUCCCAAGCCAGAAACUCCAUCGAAGGAAGAAACAAAGGAAGAAACAAAGGAAGAAAAACCCAUCCUGCUCCUCUGGGUCUGGCCUGAAAAUUACAGAUUUGACUUCAGCGACUGCAAGAAAUUUUACAACAUCGAUGGCUGUCAUUUUACUGAUGACAGAAAACUUUACAACCAGGCAGAUGCCGUCCUGAUCUUCCACAAAGCUAUCAGGUGGGAUCUAUCCAACCUUCCACCAUCUCCUCGUCCUGCGUUUCAGAGGUGGAUCUGGUUCCACGUGGAAUCGCCAACCAACACGCACAAGAUACCAGGUCUGGAAAACCUCUUUAACCUCACUUUGAGUUACAGACGGGACGCCGAUAUUUCCGUUAAAUAUUGGUUGACUGUUAAUAAAACACCAAAUACGGACUUUGUAAUCCCUAAGAAGGACAAGCUCGUCUGCUGGUUCGUGUCUAACAAUGAUCCAUCGACAGGCGUUAACACCAGGAUGAAGUACUUCAAUGAGCUUAAGAAGUACAUCAAUGUAAACAUAUUUGGGCGAAUGGCUGGAUCUCACUUAAAAUCUGAAGACUAUUAUCCAACCCUGGCCAGCUGUAAAUUCUACCUUUCUUUUGAGAACUCCGUCCACAGGGACUACAUCACUGAGAAAGUGAAUGGUCCUUUAUCUGUAGGAACUGUCCCUGUUGUAUUGGGACCACCAAGACAGAACUAUGAAGACUUCUUUCCACCUAAUUCCUUCAUUCAUAUUGAUGAUUUCCCCAAUCCUCAAGCUCUCGCUAACCGUCUACUUCAGCUGGACAAGGACGACGAGGCUUACAGACGAUUCUUUGAUUGGAAAAAACACGUCACUGCAACUCCUCAUCUUGUCAUUCAGAAUCAAGAGUUUAUCAUUUAUAUCUGUCAUGCUUGUGAAUAUAUUGGGAGACACAAGGAGUAUAAAGUUGCACACGAUAUCUACCAGUGGUGGUUUUCAUAA